CCGAGAACCAGUGGAGAGGCGUUGUUUGAUCUGAUGAGUGGAGAUACUCAGUAAGAGAAAAUGAUGGUGGGGCUCGAGUUAUUCGAGUUAUUAGAAAAGUUGGAGAAAGGUGCUGGAGGAUUUGGCCCUCUGGUGGUUGUUGAUGAGACUGUAAACCAGGACAUUUAUAUCGAUAUCCUGGCUCGACACUUUCAUCCCUGGUUCAUCAAAUUAAAUAAUGAUUAUGACAGAGAAUUCAUAUUCCAAGAGGAUAGCGCUUGGUGCCAUACAAGUGGAUAUGCGACUUGGUGGAAGGAGACACAUCAAGUUAGGGGGUUUCACUACUGGCCUCCACAAAAUAUACAUCAUUCUGAAGAUUUGAAGAAGGUUUUGAAGGAAGAAUGGAAAAUGAUCAGCCAUGACCUGGCUGAGAUUUUAGUUGGCAGUAUGCACGAUAGAUGCAAGGCUGUUAUUACUGCAAAGGGAGGGCCAACUAAAGAUUAG